GGGAUGUACGGGUGACGGUCUCGACCCUUCAAGACCGUCUCGCGGAGACCAAGUUGUGUUGUUCAACAUGUAGUAGACUCCUCCUUCCUUGAAGGCGUGGUCUAUUCAAAUCCCUUCUUCGAGCGUCAUUUUCGACCGAUUGCAAUGCAAGUUAUCUAUUUAUUUGCGAAAAAAACGGCCAAUUACGGAACAAAAGUUGCCUAUAAAAAAGUAGGUCAAGUGUCGUUUAGGCACAUGGGUUUGUUUCUGUGAUGGCGCUACUGUAGAGGACAACAGUGGGGGGAAAAUAAGAAAAUCUCUUAGGGAAUUGAUGGGCAAUCAUCAAAGGACCCUCUUCAGUUCGUGUUUCACCUCGACUAGGAAAAGAACAUUAAGAGUUAGUGCAAUGUAUUACGAAGUAGAAAAAAUCAUUGACAAAAAAUUAGUUGCUGAGAAAAAGGGACAAAAACGCGUCUGGUAUUUUGUUAAAUUUAAAGGUUACCCCCCCGAAGCCAACGAAUGGGUUUCGGCAAAACAUUCCAGAAUGGAAAGAUUAGUCCGGGAGUUUCAUGCAGCGCAAAAAGCUGCUACAGUGCUACAGAAUUCUCCACCCCCUUCUUCCUCACCCUUGCCUGACCCCAACCUUCCAGGGAAGAAAAAUAAGAAAAAAAGGAAGAAGCCGGAAAAAAAUGUGCUUAGGCGUGGCAAAUGCUAUGUGUGCAAACAGAAAGGACAUCGGUCCAAAUUUUGUCAACAAAUUGUUUAAUUUUUUUACUUUUUAUUAUAUUUUUUUAUGAUACUUUUUUUGUUCAACCAAGAUUUUAAAAUAUACAGUUUCCCGAUAUGUA